AUGGAGAUCACCGAAGAGAUUGAAGACGACGACUUUCAGUUCGAGGUGCAUCCUGGCGUUUCCAUCCUAGUCGACAGCAUCAGUUUGGCACUGGUACGAGGCAGUACCAUCGACUACGUCACCGAGCUCAUCGGAUCCCAAUUCGCCAUCAAGAACAAUCCGCAGGCAAAAGGCGCAGGAUGCGAGACCAACACUUUUCCUUCUUCCUACCACAACUUGCACCUCACCACGGGCAGCAUCCCUUUCUCCGUCGAGAUGCCGCUCAACUACUCCAAAUGGGACAACCUCGAGCUGUCCGAUGACUCUGAUAUCGAGGUCCACCCCAACAUUGACAAGAAAUCCUUCAUUCGAUGGAAGCAACGCGACAUUCACGACAAGCGAGAUCAACGCAAAGCCGAAAAGGAUGCUCUCCGCGCAGAGCUCGAUACCAACAACGAACUCGCUCCUCGCCUAGACCAGCUCGUCCAGAACACCGACAAGGAGGGAUCAGCCUACUAUUCCAGAGAGGUGUCAAAACUCAGUGCAGGGAGAGCCGAGAGAGGCAACAAGGAUGGUCCGAAUGGUCCCACCACCGACGACAUGAUCCUCAGCUUGUUGCUUCAGAUCCAGCAGCACGACAACAUCAAGGGAAAGAGCGGCGACGAUCUCGAUCGGGCCUUGCUUUCCGAGCUCCAAGGUCACAAGCAGAAGCUAGCUGCGAGGCAGACCCAGAUCAACUUCGAGUUGGAGCAGAUGGAAAAGGAGGAUUCCAAGAAGAUCACCAGUGAUGGGAUCAAGGAAGGUUGGAGCUCCGGAUACGUCGCCAAAGCCGAACCUGAGCCCCAGACCAAGCCGACCGCAGAAAAGGGCAAGAAGAAGGCCGUGUCCACCAUCGAGACGCUCAAUUCACCUUCGACCGCCUCAGCCUCGACGUCCGCCAAGCCAACCACCGCCGAUGACGACGACGACGCAGAAGACGACGACCAAGACGAGAUCCCUGAAGCAGACGAUGUCAUGCGUCAAUUCGCCGACCUCCCACCUUGCGUUCCCACUUCGAUCCCCCUCUCCGCUUCCACCCUCCCCUCCAACUUUGACUCCGCAAAAUCCCUCAACAUCUCCGCCUUCGAAACAGCGCUUCAAUUCCUCUCCAAGCACAAGAUCCUGCUCUCCCCGAACAACAACACCACCGACUCGCUGCUUCUCGAAGCUUUCAAUGCGCAGAUGGCAUCCAAAGCGUCCGUCGCACGUCGAUGCGUUGAAAAGUCGCUCAUGAUUCAGUACUGUCAGAAACUGGGUCCGGAUGGGGUCAACCUCUUCUUCCGUCGAAUGGUCGGGUCGAAGGAUGCUCGUGCAUCCGUGGUCUACCUCAACGAUGUGCUGGCCACCUACACGCGCAUUCGGGAUCGAUCCAAGGCGCUUUCCGAACAAUCCUCCGCUGCAGGUGAAGAACAGAUUCAACUCGUCGCAGAAGACGAAAACACCGUCAUCGGGUUCGAAAUCCCCGACGGCCCCCCUCCAGACGUCAUCGAGUUGGAAGGUGAGGCAAAGGAAAAGUUGAACCCCGAAGACGUCAAGCUUUGGUUGCAGAAGAGGUGGGAUAUCUUCCAAGGAUUCCCGGAGGAGCUGAGGGAGGCUUUGAAGAGUAAAGAGUUGGGGAAGGUGAAUAAAGUGUUGGGUGAGAUGAAGGUGGAUCAAGCGGAGGAGAUCGUAGGGCUGUUGGAUCAGGCGGGUAUUCUGAACUUCUCCAGCGCCGAGGUGAGGGAUGAGACUGGAAGAUGA